GAAAAUGUGAAAAAGACACGGAUCUCAUCGGAUUGUACCAGAAUUUGAGUAACGUCUGUAUUAGAUCUAGAAUCUAGAUAAGAUAAGAUUCGGUCAAGAUUCAACACAAAAAAAAAGUAAAAAGCUGAAAGCCUUUGUAAAGAAUGAGGAGACCUUCAAACUGAACUGAUGACAGCAAAUGAAAGCCUUGUAUACAUCUUAGUUGCAGUAGAUAAUGUGAGAAUAGUGCUAUCAGCUAGAUCCAUAUAUUCUUGUUGACUUGGGGAAGUUCUUUGUUCGAAACAUCAACAUGGGGAAAGAUGAUGAGAGAAGAAGUUCUCAGAAAAUGUCUGGGGCUUCUAAAGAGGAUCUAGUGCAGGAGCACGUUGAGCUGGUGAAGAGAGAGCAAGAUCUCAAUCAGAAGUUUCAAGAAAUCAAAGGCAUUUUCCAAAAACUGGAAGAAACCUAUCAGACAUCUAAAGGAACAUUUUCAAUACAGAGGUAUGGUCAGCUUAAAAGUAUGAUUAAAGAGGCUACCAGUGACAGCAACAUUCAGAGUAUACAGCAAUCCAUUCAGGCUGGCCAAGGAGCUCAAUCCAGUGUUGCUGGCUUGUUAAGCAAAGCCAAAGAGUUCUCCUGUGAUUCCCAAGGAAAAGCUCAGACAGCAGCUAAACCUGCUAGUAAAUCUAGUUUCUUAAAGAAAUUGAAAAAUUUGACUGGAUUCUCAGAUGAUCCUAUCAGAGAUGAAGAUGUCAUGUCAGAAGCUGAUCUGGUCAGGGAUAAUGGCAGGAAACAGCGCUCUAUACAGAUGGUUUCAGGCCAGUUAUCUAAAGCCCUUACCAAGCUAGAGAAAUUAAAGCAAGAUUACGAGCGCUCGAAAUCUCACGCACCACCAAAGCGAUAUGUUGACUUGAAGGACAUGAUCAAAACAGCAGUGGCUGAAAAGUUGUGAUAUGUUUGAGGCUGAACCCUGGCAUUCAAGUAUGAUUUUUAAAAAACUAUUACAUAUAGUGGCGUCUUAAAAAAUAUUUGGUACUCACAAGUAUAAAGUAUGCAUGCAAUAAUGAUAUAAAGCAAUAUUAUAAAGUAUAUGACUUAUAUUGAUUGUAUACCUGCUGUUGUAAAUAGUUUAAUAUAGCUCAGUAAACAAUGAAAAAUGAUUAUGACUAAGAUUAGAUCAUGCUGUCAUUUGAUUUUAAUCUCUCUGUGGAAUUAUCUGUUUUAACAAAAUGAGUUUAAGGUAUGUAUCUUGACCAAACAUCAGUCAUAGUUAUAAUGAUAUAAGCUCAUGAUUUACUUUGUCAAGUUACUUUCAGACUCUGUCAUGUACAUUAGACAUUCUUUUUAUUUUACUUUGGAUUCUAGUAACAAAAUAUUGCACCCGGGAGAAUUUUUGUUAUACCUUCUGUGAUGCAUUAUAGCUACCAACUUCAUUGUGAUGUACAUUAGCUUUCUGUAGGUCACUUUAAUGAUAAACAAUGGAUACUGUUUUCUCGUUCUUUAUGUCCUCAUGGUUUAGUAUAUUAGGUUUCAGUAUAAAUAAAUGUGGGAAGCGUGGCAGAGAGGCCAAGUACGCUUGAACUUGGCUUGACUUGGCUACCUAUGAAUGGGGACUUGAGGUUUGACACCCGACUCGAGUAGAGUUGUGUUUACUGAGCGCCUAAUGGCAGCACGGAAAAUCUUCUCCCAGAUACCCCCUCCCCCCCCACUGGUCCACAAAUGAGAUUGGACCAUAGCACUCUGAGCAUGUUAUAAGCAUGAAAGUAGCGCUAUAUAAAAGCUAUAAUUUAAUUGGUCUAGUUUAUUCCACAUCUGAUCUCUGGUUAUUAAUGUAGUUUUAUUUAUUUUCUUUAUUAUUGGACACACCAUAGCUAUUUUUAGCUAAUGUAUUUAAAUUUAGAAUUUGAUUUUUACAAAACAAUUUUAUUGUCAUUUAUUUAUUUCUCAAUGUUGUGAAUAUUGUGCAUACAUUUUAAAAAGAUAUUUUUUCAUUACUUUCUGCAUGACUGUUAUGGGGCCUGAAUGUUGACUACUUGGUCAAGUCUCUGUUAUCCACAUUGCUGAGCUGGGACUUUGACUUGGAGAUUAUUGAUUGACUUUUUUUUUUUAUCAUCUGUUACUAUAACAUCUGUUGUCAAGUUUAUGUUGAGAUAAACUCAUUGAUAUCUUUACCCUUCAAGGUUUGAUCUUUUUACUUUGUGCGUGUCAUUGACUUGUGAGUGCAUUGAUUAGGAUUUGUGUUAAUUUUUUGUUUUCUCACAGUUUUUGUUCAGGGUUUUUUUUUAAAUGUGCCUAUAACAAUGUUAUAUUUAUAACUAUAUUUGUUUUUAUGGAAACCUAAGCUGGCACACAGAUAUGCUGCAUAUUGUUAUGAUAGCAGUUACCUCUAGACUCUUCCUAUUUCUUGCUAAUUACCUAUGCAUAAUUUAUUUUUUAUUCUGUUGAGUCUCGCAAAAGGUGGCCAUUGUUCAAGCAUUGAAAUUGUGUCUGUAUAUGUUAUGUAAUAAGAUGCAUGAACAUGUUUAUUGGAAGGCUGCCUUGUUUUUCCCAUGCUUGUGGGUUUGAACCCAUAUUGUUUACAUAGGCUACAAUAAACAAAUUAUUAAUAAAAUGAUUUUGCCUUGUACACACACACACAUGCUUGUACAGUACAAUCUUUGCUGUAGUUUCAACUCCUUGUAAAUUUUCUUUCAAUUUUUUUUAAUGCAAAUGUUUUCAAGACUAAGAUUGCUUUGAUACUUGUAAGAAAUGUGGUGUGGUUAAAAGGACUCUUUCUUUUUUCCCGAAUCAUUAACAGCAGCACUGGAAAAAAAAAACAGGCAGAAAGCACAGAGAAGUUCAUAGAGUGACUACCCACAGCAGACGUCUCCAUCUUUUCAAAAGGGAAUAAAGUUUUUCUCAAUGUGCUGAAAUGAAGAUCCUGAUUAUCUAGACAAGCGAUCUUUCAUCUAUUAUAGUGUGUAAAUUGUCACCAUUUCAGUCUUCCAAAUAACAAAGUUAGUUUUGGUUCUAAACUUGGUUCACUUGAUCUGAAUUAUUCAAUCAUUCAUCUAAAAGCUGAACUCUCACUUCUUGUUAAAUUGGUUUUCUUUUUACUAUUUCUUCUGUAAAGUAUUCACAUACUGUAACAUGUCUGAUUCACAUACUGUAACAUGUCUGAUUCACACACUGUAACAUGUCUGAUUCACACACUGUAACAUGUCUGAUUCACACACUGUAACAUGUCUGAUUCACACACUGUAACAUGUCUGAUUCACACACUGUAACAUGUCUGAUUCACACACUGUAACAUGUCUGAUUCACACACUGUAACAUGUCUGAUUCACACACUGUAACAUGUCUGAUUCACACACUGUAACAUGUCUGAUUCACACACUGUAACAUGUCUGAUUCACACACUGUAACAUGUCUGAUUCACACACUGUAACAUGUCUGAUUCACACACUGUAACAUGUCUGAUUCACACUCUGUAACAUGUCUGAUUCACACACUGUAACAUGUCUGAUUCACACACUGUAACAUGUCUGAUUCACACACUGUAACAUGUCUGAUUCACACACUGUAACAUGUCUGAUAAAAGAAGUGCUAGCCAACAGGAUUUUAUAAACUCAUCUGCAUGUCCUGACUUUUGGUCCACCACAUUAAUGAAGUUCAAUUUUGAUACCACACAGCAUCAUGUAACAUGUCUGAUUCACACACUGUAACAUGUCUGAUUCACACACUGUAACAUGUCUGAUAAAAGAAGUGCUAGCCAACAGGAUUUUAUAAACUCAUCUGCAUGUCCUGACUUUUGGUCCACCACAUUAAUGAAGUUCAAUUUUGAUACCACACAGCAUCUUGCAGCUCAUUUGUUUAUGAGAUUCAAUCUGAAAACGAACAGCAGUGAAAUUGGAUUCCUUUUUUCUGCCCAUUUUCCAUUUUCAAAGAUUUUAGAAAUUCAUCAAUAUCUGGUCUGCUAUCUUAUCUUAUUGAUAGACUACCACAGGACUGCUUUCUUGUGUGUAGGAGAUAUCCAGUAUAUUUUUAACAUUUUCUGGUAGUUUUAGUAAAAAUGACAUUAUAUUUUCAGCUCUACACCUAUUUAUGAUAUAAUCAUUUUGUUUCUGAAACACAGUCUAAUUAAAUUUAAGUAGAGAUGGCUGUCCCUUGUGAUACAAAGCUGAUGGAUUCGAACACUGUUGUCUAUGUGCCUUAAUGCUGUGUACUAUGUUACAUCACUGGAACAGAAAUGUUCAUUACACUAUUGUGUACCAGAUGAAACUCAUUGUUUAUCUUUGUUUUGUUUUUUUGACUGUAUUAAAUCUGCUGACAUUUAUUUGGUCCACACAGUGAAGCAGCAAGCUUUGAGACGUGUAUGAUUUGUGCUUAAUAAUUAAACCACAGGGCAUGGUUGUGUUAGUAUUUAUGACAACUUGUUAUAAAAUAUAUUUUAUUGUAGUAACUCAUACAGGAAUUACUAUCAUAUCUUUUUGUGUUUAUUUGUUGAAAAAUGUAAAUAUCUUUUUCAAAUUAAUUUUGUAUGUUUUUUUUUUAAUCAUUUUCUAGGGGGAAAAAAGUAAGUGUAGAACUAUUAGGUCUCCUAACUUCAAACUUUGAUGAAAUAUUUCGUUUCAACAAUCUAUGAUUUUAAUAAGUGAGUUUAAAAAUCGAAAAAAAAAUAUUGCCAGUCUUUUUGGUACUUUUAUUUCCAAUACCUCCCCCCUCCUCCCCUUUUUUUAAUAUUUUUUUUUUGCUAUUGCUGAGAUGUUCGUGUUUCAAAGUUGAGUUGUGUUGGACCUUGACCUUGUCAACUGCUUCACUGAGGCCUGGCAUCAUUUCUAAUGUAUGAUCAUCAAUGGAGGGGCUCGUACUAAUGUAUCACCCUUCAUACAAUAAUGAACAAAUAUGUCACUGUUAUUUGUUUUUUAAUUUUCUUUCUAUGUACUUACCACUACCUUAAGGGGAGGUAAUUGAGGUCUAUAAUUUUGUCUCCUUGUUACUGGUUAUUACAGAGUUGUCGUGUUCAAAUGACGUGCCUUUUUUUUUCCCCUUUUCAUUUCCACUAGCAAAUAUUUUUUUGUUUCGGUGCUAAAUGUAGAAUUGUAUAUUUGAUAAUAAAUAAUUUGAUUGAA